AUGCAUCGCAUUCCUGCUGCGGCUCAAGUCUGCGAUCAACACAAAGAUCACGGUGCGCAAGGACCCACGGUGCAUCACAAUCCGGCGCGGCGACGCGACCGGGUUCGGCAUUACGGGACUUCAGAUGAGGCGGAUGAUGCGCGAGCAGGACUACCGGGACUUCCACGACGUGACCACGACCAAGCCGUACACGGUGGACGUGCGCGUGUUCCUGGGCGAGACAGCGACAGCGGCGCACGAGGUGGGGAGGUUCGGGAAGAAGUGGGGCGUGGUGACUCGGCUGGGAGGCGUCGCCGACAGCGAGAGCGAGACGUUCAUGGCGGUCGCCAACGAGCGCAGGACCGUGCUCGAGAGCGGCAGGGAACGGUUCGUGACAGGGGUGAACGUCACCGUGCUUGGCGGCGAGCUGGAGGAAUACCUGCACGCGAGGAUGAUCGGCGCAUGCUUGGCGGCCGUAGAUGCCGAUCGAGAGCAGAAGACGCAAACAGCUGCCGCGGCGUUGCUGAGGCUGGUGCCGGCGUUGUAUGGGCUGAUCCAGCCUUCGAUGUAGGUAGGGUUGCGGUGGAGGCGGGGCUGUGUUUGUAG